AUGGCCACGGACCCGAGAGACCGAACAGACUCAGCCCUGGAGGCGAGUUUUCCUGGGACAAGCGACAGCCGGGGCUGGACGUUGCAGACGGAACAAUAUAUCCGCUGUUCCAAAUUGCGGGAGACAUGGGUGAUACCAAAGCUGAAGAAGGGGGAGGAAAAGGAGAAGUAA